AUGGCUCCAAGCCUCGACACUCUUCCGAUGGAGAUUCUCCUCCGCAUCGCCGAGAUGACCACAUGGGGUGUUUCUCCUUCAUCCGACAAAACCCACCCCGCGACCUACGCAAGAAACCACGCCUCGCUCGCCCGUACAUGUCGCUGGCUAUACGAAACGCUCAACGGUGAACUUUACAAGCGCAAUCUCAAGAAAGAUCCAGUCACAGAGUCAUGUGUCCUCUGGGCGGUAAAUGUUGGCAGUCUCGGCACCGUCAAGCGCGCUGUGGCCUAUGGAGCAAGCCUUGAUUUGCAAGUUGAAGUAGACGAAAAGACGCCUUACUGUCCACCGUGGGGGGCAUUAGACCUUCAUCUAGCAGCAUCACACUGGCGUCAGCCUUCCUAUCCCCGGUCCUUCUCUUUCCUUCACCUCGCUGUCGGCCGCCAGCAUGUGAAUAUCGUGCAAUACCUUCUAGAAAAAGGCGUCGAUGUGCACGCGCCAUCUUUGAAUUUCUGCUGCGUGCAUAGGCCGUAUGGCCGCGCACCCCUCUAUCCACUUCAUAUCUGUCUCUUCCACGAUCACCGGCAUGAAAUCAAAACCGAAUGGCAUCCCCUCAGAGGAGCUAACCAGUCCUCCAAUAAGGACUCGAAGCUCGAUCUAGCUGAACUUCUCGUCAGCAACGGCGCCUUCCUGGUGGCCGAAGGCGUUUCUGCGAUCCACAAUCUUUCCUUUCAAGGGCGCCGCGGUCUCGUAACUCGGCUUCUUUCCUAUCCUGAUCCGGUAUCGCUUCGGGAAAAUCUGCAUUUUGCGAUCUCAGGAAACCAUAUUUCAUUGAUGGCUGACCUCAUAAGACGUGGCGCCGAUGUUGCAGCUGCUAACUGGGAGGGUAAUACUGCUCUACAUCUCUCAGCGAAGGCACUUCAGAAUAAUCUGUCGAUGAUCAAGCUUCUCCUUCGUCAACCUCGGAUCAGACCCGCGGCCGAAAACAGAAGAAUGCAAACCGCUCUUCAUUUCGCAUGCAGAAAUGGCAAUCUCGACAUCGUUCGCAUGAUGUUACAACAACCAGGUGUAUCAGCGACUCACACUGAUCACAUUGGCCAGACAUCCCUUCACUAUGCAUGCUACAGUUUUCGCUCUGGCACAGUGCACAUUGUCAAGCUAUUGAUCGAAAUGAAAGUCCCUAUUGAUCAAACUUCCAGCCUUGGUCGUACACCAUUAAACCUCGCGCUCAACCGCAACAACUUCGACAUCGCUUCGAUGCUUGUAGCUGAAGGAUGCGAUCCGGCAGGCUGGGUGGCCGCGCCGGACUUUCAUGACGUGCAUCAUGUCUUUGCGGGGCUAGCAUACCUGGGAGCAAGUUAUCAAACUGAACUUGUUCAGAAAGUCGUGAAUGCGGGGGUUGACGUCGACAUUCCAUGUUGUAUUCCCUCCUUACGUUUAGAGACAACGCCAGUGUUUGUCGCUGCAUCUUCACUAAACGCCGCCUGCAUGAAAGCAUUCCUUCAGGGAGGCGCCAAGUUAAACUCGGUCGUGAUCGACUGGUGGCAAAGGGAUCAUUACAGAACCCGGACUACAUUCCUGGUAGGACUCUUUUGCCUUCUGUUUGGCAAGCCUCGUCAUCGGCCUCUGGUGACGAAGAAUCUUGAUAAGGCGGAGGCAGUCAUCGUCCUUGCACUCAGAUUUGGAGCCACGCUCGAGCGCUUACCCUCGCCCCAUUCUGAUUUCAUUUCGGCACUAGAGUACGGGGUUUUAGUGGCUGAGGACGGGGACACGUCACUCUUGGAACUACUCCUGAAGCGAUCGACGGCAAGGAACGCGAGACGGAUUUUCCUAACUCGGCUCAUUCGAAGUUCGGGCAAUGAGAGUAUACGGGAGAUGCUGGUCGACUUCAGAGCUCGCCAACUAUCCUAA